CCGCUGCUGCCAAUCACCUGUCCUUCGCGUCCUACGCUCGAAGCCUGAAAGGAUGGCUGCAGGCAUCCCGGGCUCGCCACCCUUACCCUUCGUAGCGUAUGCUGAUGGCGGCCGCCUCUCCUCUCCGGCGACCCCUUUUCUUUUAACUCUCCGGCGCACUAACAAUUCCUCCACCAUUCCUCUCCCUUUCUUCCGUUCUGUCUCCACCCGCAACCGUAGGACUUCCUUGGCAGCUGCAGCUGCUAAAAAGAACUACAUAGAAGAAGAUUAUCUCGUGCAGAAAAAGGUUACGGCUAAGGAACUAGAGGAGAUAGUGAGAGGGGAAAGGAGCAUUCCAAUUGUUCUAGAUUUCUAUGCGACAUGGUGUGGACCUUGUAUUCUGAUGGCGCAGGACCUCGAAAUGCUCGCUGUAGAAUAUGAGGAAAAUGUUUUGUUUGUCAAGGUUGACACAGAUGAUGAGUAUGAACUUGCACAAGAUAUGCAGGUUCGGGGAUUACCUACUUUGUACUUUAUCAGCCCUGAUCCAACUAAAAAUGCAAUCAGAACGGAAGGGCUGAUUCCUCGGGAAAUGAUCAAGAACAUCAUCGACAAUGAAAUGUGAACCAGUGAAUAAAAAUCCUUCAGAUUUUUCUAAAUGAGAGAUGGUUUAACUUAAGAUCUUUCUUUCAUCUUGGAGCAGGACCGGAGGCCUCUCAAAAGCAUCAGCGACUUCUGUGUAUCAAGAUGAAAGCUUCUGCUGAUCAGGCAAUAGGUAAGAAUUCAUGGUAGUUUCCCUUCUUUCCAUAGCUUGUGAUGCACAAUCUUCUCAAGAUUACAGCAGAUUGAGAAGCCUGUUUUAUCACUCUUUCCAGGUGAAAACUAUAGGUCUUAAAUAUUCAUUGUAAUCCUAUAACUGCACUUCAUCAUUGCAUGUAUUGUAUGGCUUGAUCUCUCUAUUUUGUACUA